AGUGUUUUUUGAGUUUAGUAAAUGACUGCAGCAAGAAAUUCAGAAGGUCUGGCUUCUUUUCAUUCGGAGUAUGUUGACCAUGGCAGAAACACGUUUGAUCAACUCCUCACAAAAACCUGGUUUAAUGUAUUAAAUAUCAGAAAGACUGGAAAUUUCAAAAGGUCUGCGCCUCCCUAACUCACCAAGACAAUGGGACACUCAGAAUGCAGCAGUAACAAUCUACUCUGGGGAAAUUAUCGUCUUCAGAAUAAGACAACCUGCAGUACACUAACCAAAUACAGCAAGGUGCCCGUUACUGCUUGUGAUCUGGUCGAUGUAAUCAUCUCUUUGGGAUAAAUGUGUAUAAUGUAUAUUUAAUGGGAAGAUACGCUACUAAGUAAACGUGUUUGGGCUGUGGAUUUUCCAGAGGUAUAACGGUACAAUUUACAGUGGCAGUUGUCGCUCCUGCUGAAAUUGACACUGAAAACCACUACAACUGUAAGUUCAGGUACAUUCUGGGGGAAAAUUCUCUUCGAGCCUCUGCGUGUAGAACAAAGGAUUUAAAACCGCGAAUUUCCUAGAGUAAAAGGAGAUUUAUAAAGCAAGCUGAAUGUGGAUACAAGACUGUUUUAACGUAAACAAGUAUUUUGUAUCUACAGUCCAGAAAUCAGCGGUUUGAUGAACGAUUAUGCGAAUUAACGAUCAGUGUCCUAAACGGUUUACGGGACUUUACCAUCGCGCUGAUCUUUUUGGGAAACAUCGACAAUUUUCAACGGUGUAUUCUGUACACACCCUUUAAAAAGGAGAUUUGCUCACCUUGGGAGUGCAACAUAAAGCUAGAGAUUCGACUAAUUCGUCAACACAUCAGAUCACCGUUUUCUUCAGAAGCAAAUAUGUACCGUUUAAACGCACUUGGAAUUUAUCUGUGGGAAACAAUAGUAUUUUUCAGCUUGGCUGCCUCCAAAGAAGCGGCUGCUCGAAAAGCCACUACUCCAAUGGCUCCGUCUGAAUUUCUGGAUAAGCUCAUGGGCAAGGUGUCUGGAUAUGAUGCAAGAAUCAGACCUAAUUUUAAAGGUCCUCCAGUAAAUGUCACAUGCAACAUCUUUAUCAACAGCUUUGGAUCUAUUGCUGAAACCACAAUGGAUUACAGAGUGAACAUCUUUCUACGGCAGCAGUGGAAUGACCCUCGUUUGGCCUACAGUGAGUACCCUGAUGACUCCCUUGAUCUGGACCCAUCCAUGUUAGACUCCAUUUGGAAACCAGAUUUAUUUUUUGCCAAUGAGAAAGGAGCCAACUUCCAUGAAGUCACAACUGACAACAAAUUGCUGCGAAUUGCAAAAAACGGAAAUGUAUUAUACAGCAUCAGAAUAACACUGGUACUGGCUUGCCCAAUGGACCUGAAGAACUUUCCCAUGGAUGUGCAGACGUGUAUUAUGCAGUUGGAGAGCUUUGGUUACACCAUGAAUGACCUCAUCUUUGAGUGGGAUGAAAAGGGAGCUGUGCAGGUGGCUGAUGGACUAACAUUACCUCAGUUUAUUCUUAAAGAAGAGAAAGACUUGCGCUACUGCACAAAACACUACAACACAGGCAAAUUUACGUGCAUUGAGGCUCGCUUCCAUCUGGAGAGACAGAUGGGCUACUAUCUUAUCCAGAUGUAUAUCCCAAGUUUACUCAUUGUCAUCCUAUCCUGGGUGUCCUUUUGGAUCAACAUGGAUGCUGCUCCAGCACGAGUUGGUCUGGGGAUCACUACUGUACUUACAAUGACCACACAGAGCUCAGGUUCAAGAGCUUCACUGCCUAAGGUGUCCUAUGUAAAAGCCAUUGAUAUUUGGAUGGCAGUGUGUUUGCUCUUUGUGUUUUCUGCCCUGCUGGAAUAUGCUGCAGUAAAUUUCAUUGCACGGCAACAUAAGGAGCUCCUUCGCUUUCGCAAGAGGAGGCGACACCACAAGGAGGAUGAAACUGGAGAAGGUCGAUUCAGUUUUGCAGCGUACGGGAUGGGUCCAGCUUGCCUGCAGGCCAAAGAUGGAAUAUCUAUCAAAGGCAACAACAACAAUGCUCCAGCAACAACUGCCCCACCUGAGAAAUCAAUUGAAGAGAUGCGCAAACUUUUCAUCAGCCGUGCCAAAAGGAUCGACACAGUGUCUCGUGUGGUCUUUCCACUUGUCUUCCUGAUUUUUAACAUUUUCUAUUGGAUCAUUUACAAGAUAAUACGCAGUGAAGAUGUCCAUAAGCAGUAAAUCAAAUCAGCAGAAUGGAUAACCAAAUAGCUGUGGUGGUAAAUGAUGUGUUUUAUUUCUUUAUUUAUUUCUUUCUUUUUUAUUUGUUUUAGUUUUUUCCAGGAUCAUUCCAGACCUGUGCAAUAGCAAUGCAGUAAAAUGCAUGAAAUAUGAAUGUGGCAAUAUUUAAAAUAUAAUUAAAUAAAAAUGACCUUUGCAAAGGAAAAUACACUUUAUAAAUGGAUUUUGUGAGAAGGAGAAGAAAGGACAAAACAAGAAAGCUCUUUCAACAACCUAAACUGGUUUCAGAGACACCCCUGCUGGAAAAAAGUAGAACGACAAAACCUAAGCAUUGUAAAUUAUGUAUAAUCAAAAUACUGCUGACUUCCAUUCACUAUUAGGUAAUUGGACAUAAAGCAUGUCAUUUGAAAGCUGAAAUGACUGAAAAAUGAAAAAAAAGUUGUACCCGUGUGCUUUAGGAAAAUAUAUACGCAAUUUUUUUUUUUUUUUUCAAACUAGGCAUCAGAAAAGUAGGACUGCUUGUUUGAUUUUUAGUUUUACAUUUCAGAAUCAUUUCCAUAAACUUAAUGUUUGUCCAUAAUGAGUGGAGUACAGUGAAAUGGGGAAAUCCGAAACACUGGCUUGAUUCCUGCUGAUAUUCUUGCAUUUCAGGGGGUGCACUUUUGAUUCCCAUUCCAGCACUUUGCUUAUGGCGACGCACAGACUGACAAAUUCAGUACUGAUCAUUUCUGUGACUUUAUACUGUAGUGUGUGGCAAAAUUCUUAAUCAGAUGAUUUCAUUUCUUUUCUUCUUAUAUAGUCACAGGUGUGUAGAUAGAAAGGAAGCAAUCUGACAGAGCAUUUUAUAUUUUCAUAUAAAUCAUUUCAUAAAGUAUUUUUUUCACAUUCCUAAAGAUUUUAUAUUUUUAAAAGCAUAAAACAUGUUAGUGAAUCCCAAUGUGUCCAAGAAUGCAAAUUGUAGAAAAAUGUAACUAUCCAAGCACCAAGACAGUUAGCUACAUUUUUUAUUGUAGUGAUAUAAAACUUCCUAUUUAGUGUAAGUAUUAUAAGUACUACAGUGGUAAAGCAAAUGCACAGAAUGAAUGCUUCAGCUUUAUAGUAGGUUAAAUAUUUAUCUCAAUAUGAUUUUACUCUUUGUUGAGCUCUAUUUAAGCGUAUACUGCAGAUGUGCAUAUGUUGCUGUUAAUAUGGGAAUAAUUUUGACAAAAUGUUGAUGCAAUAUGUUUCAUUAAUGCGAAAUCAUCAGAGAUGUUCUUUCUGUUGGCAUCUUUCAUCUGUUAUAAUUUUAUUUAUUCAUGUUUUUUUUUUGUUUUUUUUUUAAAGUCAGGGAUCAGAAAUAAAAGUCAUUGUCAGAAGCAGGUCCGCAUAAGUAUGGCAGCAGUUAUGAGAUGUUUCCAUUCAAUUCAUUCAGUAAUCUUUCUUUCAUUCUGCCCUUAGAGAAUAGCUAACUUUUAGCUCCCUGACACAAAAACCUUUAAAAAAUAUUAUCUUUUAUUCUGCUUACUGGUACUGUUUCUUUCUUUUCUACUCAUUUCACAUUGUGUGCAUUAGGUAGACUUACUAAUUAAAUAUUCCUAAUGAAAUACCCACAUAAGACAAGUUAAAUGUUAUUCAAGAGCCACAAAUGAUUUUUAUGUCAAAAAUAAAUAGGUGUAUUAAUCAAAUAAGAAUUGUUCUGUAGUGGUCAAAGCACUGAAAUCGAAAGCACGAGGCUGACGAUUCAUUUGUGACCCUGGACAACCCACCGAGUCUGCUUUUGCUUUUGUAGCUUACAACGCUUAAAGCCACAUACAUAUUCAAUAUGCAUAAUUAAAAAAACAUCUUGUUUUUGUGUUUUAGCAGUACUCAGAUCAAUUUUCUUCUUACAAAAUUAUGUUUUACUAUCAUUUCUUUUGCCUUCCUGAAAACAAGUUUACUCCUGCUCCACAGACUAAAACUAUUUUUUCGUUUCCUUUUUUAUUAUCAUCAUCAAGUUUUAAAACCUAAACAUUAUACGGGAAAGGGUGGAUCCUAAAAAUAUCUGCCUUUAGAUAUAGUAAUCUAUCAUCAGUACUCUCAUACUUUUUAAAACUGAUAUAAUCAUAUGUGCAAUGUCAAGAAAUGUGAAGUGUUUAACGUAAGACUAUAAUUACCUUUUCUUAGUGACAACUGGACAUUUAAUAUGAGAUUCCCAAUUUUUUAGAUCAUCAGUCUCCAGCUCUGGUCCUGGAGCGCUACUGUGGCAACAAUUUUUUUUUUUUUUUCUCAAAGUCUUUCCUUUACUUAGUGACGAGUUUUUGCUUCUAAUGAACUCUUUUGUCUUCAUUUUAAUUGUCUUGCUAUUUAAGACUCCAGACCCUUUUUUUUUUCCUUAAUUAGCAGUUGAACAAUAAUGAGAUCCCAUUGUCACUUGGUGACACAAACAUGAUGAAUAGGAGGUGUUGGGCCUUCAAAAAGGCUUUACUAUCCAGGCCUGGCUUCCCUUACCUGCCUGGGAAAGGCCUCACCAUAAUGGGGCUAAAUCCCAGCUGCAAUGGCCUGCCUCAUGCUCUGCAGACCCAAAAGGGAUUUUAGCCUCAAAAUGAUCUCAAGAGUCCCCAAAUGUAUUAAAAAAACACAACAAUAAGGUGGAUAUUAAUUAAAUAUCCCAUUAAAUUGUGAAUGAAGGGUAAACAAAGAUUUUUAGAAAGAGAAUGAAUUUAUUAAUAAAAAUAUAAAAAUAUAGGGGCAGGCUCCUAAUGCCAAAUAGAGGUAAAUGAGUUGCUGAAAUAAAGUCCCAAAAAAAGAAUCCAGAAAUCCUUAAAUAAAGCAAUAAUAAUUAAAAAUUAAAUGUAAUCGUAAAUAGAAAUAAUCACAAAGAUUACAUAAAACAAAAUGCUUGGCUGCUGUACCCUGGCUUUUAGUCAGUCAUUGUCCAACCCGCUAUAUCCUAACACAGGGUCACGGGGGUCUGCUGGAGCCAAUUCCAUACAAC